AAAUAUCCAACAUGAAGUGAGAGAGGGAGGAGCAGAAAGAACAUUUUCAAUUAUAAAAAAAUCACGUGGAGAGAGAGAGGACCUGAUUUAAAAGCUCUGAAUGUAUAUCGUCUAUCUCUCAUGAGAAGGCGAGUCUUAAAGUUCCAUCAGAAUGGGCAGUCUCUCCUCAGACGCAGCAGGACGACAGCAGCAACGGGUCAUGGAGAGGUGUCCGUAGCUUCACAACCGAUGAAUGCGGUGGAGUCCACUGUAGUUCGUGGAGAAAAUAAUCACUUAUGCAGAGUUUGCCUUUCCACGCUAGCGGGACUCCCAUCGUCUUCACGGUCCACCGCAGCGCGAGCAUCACCUCCGCCACGGAUACUUCCUCCGUGAGGUGAGAGCACAAGGCCGUCGGCGAGCUGCACACCGACACCAGAGAAAAGAUGAACAUCCAGGUCCUGCCAGACCACAAGCUGUCAUCAGUGGCCCCGCUGAAACCCUGCAAUGUGGAGAAGAAGGAGGUGGAACUGAUACUGGUGAAGGACCAAAAUGGGGUCCAGUAUACCAGUUCGACCAUCAUGCCAACCCCCAGCACGCACGGCACCCCCUGCACCGCUGAGGAGCUGGAGGAGAGGGAAACAUGGGGAAAGAAAAUAGACUUUCUCCUAUCCGUCAUAGGCUUCGCAGUGGACUUGGCCAAUGUCUGGAGAUUCCCUUACCUCUGCUACAAGAAUGGAGGUGGUGCCUUUCUAAUCCCCUACAUUCUGUUCCUGGUGAUUGCUGGGAUGCCUCUGUUCUAUAUGGAACUAGCCCUGGGACAGUACAAUAGAGAAGGAGCUGCUACAGUCUGGAAGAUCUGCCCUGUCUUUAAAGGUGUGGGCUACACUGUGAUCAUCAUAGCGUUGUAUGUGGGUUUCUACUACAACGUCAUCAUAGCCUGGUCCCUGUACUACCUGUUCUCCUCUAUGACCAGUGAGCUGCCCUGGCUCCAUUGUGGCAACGCCUGGAACAGUCCGAACUGCACAGACCCCAAGCUUCUAAACGGAUCCUUCCUGGGCAACGGGACGUCUUAUGCCAAGUACAAGAUGACACCGGCUGCAGAGUUCUAUGAGCGUGGCGUACUCCACCUCCAUGAGAGCAGGGGGAUCCAGGACCUGGGCAUGCCUCGCUGGGAGCUGGUCCUCUGUCUGGUGGCUGUGGUCUUUCUUCUCUACUUCAGUCUCUGGAAGGGUGUCAAGUCCUCCGGCAAGGUGGUGUACAUCACGGCCACCAUGCCCUAUGUGGUGCUGUUCGUCCUGCUGAUCAGAGGCAUCACUCUGCCAGGGGCUAUGGACGGCAUACGGGCCUACCUCCACAUCGAUUUUAAACAACUCAACGACCCCAAGGUGUGGAUUGAUGCUGCUACCCAGAUCUUCUACUCAUUGGGAGCUGGCUUUGGAGUGCUCAUUGCAUUUGCCAGCUACAAUAAAUUUGACAACAACUGUUACAGGGAUGCUAUCCUGACCAGCACAGUGAACUGUGUCACCAGCUUCUUUUCAGGGUUUGCCAUCUUCUCUGUGCUCGGCUACAUGGCCUACAAACACGGAGUCAGGAUAGAGGACGUGGCCACCGAAGGUGCAGGACUGGUGUUCAUCAUCUAUCCUGAGGCCAUCUCCACCCUGCCUGGAUCUACCUUCUGGGCCAUAGUAUUCUUCAUCAUGCUGCUGACUCUGGGCAUCGACAGCUCUAUGGGCGGUAUGGAGGCAGUCAUCACAGGACUGUCAGACGACUUCAAGAUCCUGAAGAGGAACAGGAAGCUGUUCACCUUCGCCACGGCAUUCGGAACCUUCCUUGUCGCGCUCUUCUGCGUCACUAAUGGAGGUAUAUAUGUGCUGACUUUGUUGGAUAACUACGCGGCGGGGACCUCCAUCUUGUUUGGGGUGCUGAUUGAGGCCAUUGGGGUGUCCUGGUUCUACGGCGUGGACCGCUUCAGUGAGGAUAUCGAGAGCAUGAUGGGCUUCAAGCCAGGUCUCUACUGGAGGCUGUGCUGGAAGUUUGUCAGCCCCACCUUCCUACUGGUCGUGGUGAUAGCCAGCAUCGUGACGUCCACGGGCCUGAGUUAUGAUGACUAUGUCUUUCCUUCAUGGUCCAAUGUGAUUGGCUGGGGCGUAGCUCUGUCCUCCAUGAUGUUUGUGCCCAUCUACGCCAUCUACAAGUUCCUCAGUAUGCCAGGGACAUUCAAACAGAGGAUAGCCUACUGCAUCACACCAGAACACGAACAUCAUCUGGUGGCGGAGGGAGCUACCAUCAGACAGUUCACGCUCAAGCACUGGUUGGCUAUCUGACAACCUGAUGUCACCCAACCUUCCCCACUACUCACAAUUCCGGGGUGUUGCAGUCAUUGUGUUUCGACAGCAGAUGUUCCUGCUGCUGAGCCUCCUGCUACUGGAGGAUGGACAGGGAAAACGCCAUGCUCCUUUCUGCCUCUCUGUGUUCUGUUGGUUCUGAGCCAACCUGCGACCUGCCAUCCCCUCUUUUCCACUCCGCCCCUCAUCUCCCUCUUUCUCUGUCGAGUGACUACAGAUUCUCUCAUCAACCUCUGCCUACAGAGUCAAUUCAGUAUCCUCCAUGUUUUUGCUUUUGAAGUAUCUUUUUAUUUAAAACUUUUUACCAUGUGACAUCAUCAUCAUCGUCAUUUUUAAACGUAUACAACUCAUAAGAUGGAGACAUUCCAUGCAGAGCAUCUACAGGUGUUUUCUGGGUUCAUGGACACAGUUAUUGUUUUUCAUAUCAUUUGUUUUUUUACAUGUUUUUUUUACGAUGACUGUUGUUCUGUGUUCAUUAGUUAUACAUGAGUUAGACACUUAAACCAAGUCAAAAUGUACCAAAUGACCAGUUCUGUCAUCAUGUAUACUCUAGGCAGGGGGAGACAAACAUGACUCACAUGGCUUUUUAUGUUCUUGAUUCUUUUCAACGAGGACCCUCAAGCUUUUAGGUGAACGAGAAAGGGAAGAAAUCUAGUUUCAUUGCCCUCUUUGUAUGUCUGACUGAGUAGGUCCCCAGUCACUACUCUAGAUAACAGCAGCUCAACUGUGGCAGUGCCUUAUCGAGCUAGACACUUCAGAACCUGUCAAUGUUUUCAUUGGUCCAUACAGAAAGGUAAAUGUUUUCAUUGGUCCAUACAGAAAGGUAAAUGCUUUCAUUGGUCCAUACAGAAAGGUAAAUGCUUUCAUUGGUCCAUACAGAAAGGUUUUGCCCGACAACUCAGGAAUCCUCCUGCAGAUCAGAGCUCGUGGAUGAUAGAUACACUUUAUGGUUACCAACAUACGUUAUUAAUUCAGUUUGAAUGACAAUGUCCUUUAGAUAUUCAUCUUACAGCAGUAGAGUUUUUUCCCAGUUGCCUUCUCCAUCUUUUGAAACCUACCUGAAACAGAUCUGAAGCUUUUGUCACCUGUCUUACAGAAAAGGGAACAAUUUAUGUUGAGAUUCAGAAGUGUUUUGUCUUGCAAGUGGUCGUCCUUCUGCUUUACACGUGGCCUUUACACAGAGUAGAGGUCUACAUUGUCCUGCUAUGGUUACUAAUGGUACUGUGUGUACCAACUUUAAUGUGUUGCAUAGUACUAACAUAUUUUCCUCUUCAGAGAGGCUUGUGCCCUUGAUCCAAUGAUUUUGCCUUCACCGUGCUUGUGGAUAAACAGUAGUAAUUGAAGAGUGGUGAAGACACAAAGGGAGGCUUUGAUUAAAUGAAGUUGAAUCCAGCACUUGAAAGAAGUCUAACAGAAAUACUUGUUUCAGUUUUCUAUGGAUAGGUAAGCACUCUUAGUGUUUUAGGGAACGUUUUCAGGCAUGCAAGAAAUGCCCUGUUUUAUCAAAAGCUUAACUGAAUUACAGCACUAACACAGGUAGACUCAACAAAACAAGUGACGUUUCUUUACUUUUUAUACAAUGUUCUCUUUUUUAUGUUGCAUCUUUCCAAUGCAUUGUUUUGUGGUCCAUAUGGGUGAGGGAAAUCAGGAGCUUCUCCUUCAAAGAGUGGUGUGUGUGUGUGUGUGUGUGUGUGUGUGUGUGUGGGUGUGGGUGUGGGUGUGGGUGUGGGUGUGGGUGUGGGUGUGGGUGUGUGUGUGUGUGUAGAAGGAUAGGUAGUGUAUUUUAAGUUUGAAAUGCCUCAUUCAUUGGAUUGUUAUGUUAAAUCGUUUAUGGUGUCUUUAUAUGUUACAUUGUCAUCUGCUGAAGCCUAUUUUUUGUCAAACUUGACUUAAAGAAAAUUCACCACCAAGGAAGUGCCAAAAUGUUCACCCCUUUUUUUAGAGAUGUCUGCUGUUUUUGUCUUUCUUUUUUGUUUUGUUCUGUUUCUCUUUUCUGUUUCUUUAUUUAUUGAAAUGGAGUUGAAAUGUAAUUUUUUAUUUUUUAUUGUGAAAUAACAUUAUGGCAGGAAGCAAGCCACACACAACAAUUAUAUUGUAUGUGGAGUAUAAUAUAUGGAAAAAUAUAUAAAUAUAUUCUUUUGUUAUAUAUCUAAUCUUGUAUUUAUCAAAUUGUUUAUAAACAAAACGUGAAUGUAAAGUCUUUUAAACGUAACUGUCCACUGUUACUGUUAUAUCAUUGUGUUUGAUGUAGGUCAGAUGAAUCUAUUUACAGAUGUUUUCUCCAGUGUAACCGGGGUAACUUUGCAACGUGAAUGUAGAGCCCUGGCAUUACCUGAGCUAAGUUUACAGAACACUGUGUACAAUACAAAAGUCCUGUUGAACGUGAGUGACAACUAUCUAUGAAGAAGUCAAAAUAUGCACACUAUUAUAAUAAAGAGUUCUUCUACACACACA